GUUCUUUUUUCCCCUCAAAUAAAUAAACAAAUUCAACUCAUUCCUAACUACCCUUACACAUUAGAUUAUUUAGUGCAAAUCUUCCUUCUUAAGAAGGCCUCGUCAAAAAGACAUAUCACAUAUCUUUUCGAAGUGUUAACAAGAGAGAAUUGUGUUGUGUGCUUUCUCAUCCAUAUACUUUCAAUUCCUGUGUCCGAGAUUGUUGAAUAACGCAAUGGCUGAUCGAGUACACCCCAUGGAUAUACCAUCAUCGUCGAGCAAUCCACCAUCGUCAAACAACUCAGGCGAAGUAGUUUCACCGAAACAACCAUCAUUUCCAUCGCCCACAAAACCUGUCCAACCGUCUGCAGGUACUUACGUAGUCCAAGUUCCGAAGGAUCAAAUCUACAAGUAUCCUCCACCGGAGAAUGCUCGUAGGUACGAGUCUCUCAUCAAGCGUAAGCCUCGCAGGAACUGCUGUUGCCGUUGUCUCUGCUUUACUUGUUCGAUUCUUAUUGUUUUGAUCGUGGCAAUUGGGAUUACUCUCGGUGUUCUGUACCUUGUGUACCGCCCUGAAGCACCAAAGUACACCAUUUCCAACAUCGCCAUCAAGCAUUUCAACGUAACCACAUCUUCUAAGAUAUCACCGGAGUUUGACAUCUCUGUCAGAGCUGAAAAUCCGAAUAACAAUCUUGGAAUGUAUUAUCGGAAAGGAAGCUCUGUUAAGGUAGUUUACUCCGGCAUUGACCUUUCUACCGGAGUACUACCGGUGUUCUAUCAACCGGCAAAUAAUGUAACGAUUUUUCAAACGGCGUUAAAAGGUUCGAACGUUAUACUUGGAAGCUCUGUUAAGACGGCGUUAAGGAAUGAACAGAAGAAAGGGAAAGUGCCGUUUAGAGUUAGCAUUAAAGCUCCUGUUAAGAUUAAGAUUGGUGCCGUUAAGACUUGGGAAAUUACCGUUAAAGUUAACUGUGAUGUAACGGUGGAUGCAUUGACUGUGAAGUCUAAACUUGUUUCUAAAGAUUGUGAUUAUAGUGUGAGGCUUUGGUAAGAGGGGUUUGGACAUGUUUAAUAUGAGUUUAUUUGUUAUAUCAUUAAACUAAACAUGUAGAAAUAUGUAAUACUUUUUUCUCUUUGGUUUCGAGAAAAAUGGUUGUAUUUUAUAGACUGAAAAUGUUAGUGAAUUCAUUUAGAGAAGUUGAAUAACAAAUAAGUUUGAACAA